GCGCGGGAGAGGGCGGGGUGAGCGCUCACGUGACCGGCGGCGGCCGCCUAGCGCUGGGUCUCGUGAGCGGCGCUGGGGGGGGGGCGGGGGGGUCCCGGGCGGCGCGGCGGGAUCGGGCGAGACCCCGGCGGCGCGGCGGGAUCACGCGAGGCCGCGGCUUUGAGGCCUACCCGGAGCGGGGGGCGAGGGGAGGGCGCUCGGUCCUCGCCGCCCGCUGCGCCCUCCGCCUCCGGCGGGCAGGCCGGCAGGCACCCACUGACGCCCGCGGGCACCGCCGAGCCGGCCCGGGAGGCGCCUGUCGCGGCUAGAGGUGGGUGAUGCCGAGCACAGCCAUGAAGAAAAAGGUGCUGCUGAUGGGUAAAAGUGGGUCUGGGAAGACCAGCAUGAGAUCCAUUAUCUUUGCAAACUACAUUGCCAGGGACACACGGCGCCUGGGUGCCACAAUUGAUGUGGAACACUCCCAUGUUAGAUUUCUAGGAAACCUGGUGUUAAACCUGUGGGACUGUGGAGGGCAGGACACCUUCAUGGAGAACUACUUCACCAGUCAGCGAGACAACAUCUUCCGCAAUGUAGAAGUCCUCAUCUAUGUCUUUGAUGUAGAGAGCCGUGAACUGGAGAAGGACAUGCACUACUACCAGUCCUGCUUGGAGGCAAUUCUUCAGAACUCUCCUGAUGCAAAGAUCUUCUGUCUAGUGCACAAGAUGGACUUGGUGCAGGAGGAUCAGCGGGAUUUGAUUUUUAAAGAGCGGGAAGAAGACUUAAGGCGCCUUUCUCGUCCCUUGGAAUGCGCUUGUUUUAGAACUUCCAUCUGGGAUGAAACACUCUACAAGGCUUGGUCCAGUAUAGUCUAUCAGCUGAUCCCCAAUGUCCAGCAGCUGGAAAUGAACCUGAGGAACUUUGCUCAGAUCAUCGAGGCAGAUGAAGUGCUUCUGUUUGAGAGAGCCACUUUCCUGGUCAUUUCUCACUAUCAGUGCAAAGAACAGCGGGAUAUCCACAGAUUUGAGAAAAUCAGCAACAUUAUUAAACAAUUCAAAUUGAGUUGCAGUAAGCUGGCUGCUUCUUUCCAGAGCAUGGAGGUCAGGAACUCUAACUUUGCUGCUUUCAUUGACAUCUUUACAUCGAAUACAUAUGUGAUGGUGGUUAUGUCAGACCCUUCAAUACCUUCUGCAGCUACGCUGAUCAACAUCCGCAAUGCCAGAAAACACUUUGAGAAGCUGGAGAGAGUGGAUGGACCAAAGCACAGUCUGCUCAUGCGCUGAACAUUGGCCAAGGCACAUGGUCUUUGGGGGGAGAAAAAAUGAAUUGGAACUACUUUUUCUUUUUUUAGGAGAAUCUAACAAUGUGGAUGUCUUUGUGGGCUUUGAAAUGAGUGUGCUGCUUACCACCGCAAUCUUCUUUAUUUUUUCUCCUUUUAACGUUGGACACUAGUCGCUCGGAUGAUGUCUGGAUACACUGCGGACCUUCAGAAGAGACUUCCUGGCAUAUGUGGGGUUGGGAAGAAGCAAGGACAGGUGAUGUGCACAUGGUCUCAUACUUCUGGUUGUCAUAGUAGCACAUGGCAGAGCCUUUUCGGAUGUUCUGCUCCCAGGUGAUCAUACGAAUCACAGGGAUGGAGUAUUUACUAUUUUAUCGGUAGGUUGCUAGAAUACAUUUAUAAAUUUCUCCUUGUCUUCAGUCAUGAAAAUAAAUUUUUGCUACCAGGGAUUUUGGAUCCUAGAGCUUUGGAAAGUGGGCUUUUUCUCCUAAAAUCUAGGGCAGCUUUGGCAAGCAGAUGUAAAGUGGUUGCAUUUCUUCUUACAUGCUACUCUCCAGGGUGGGGGGGGGGGAAGGUUGUCUGAAGGUCAUGCCAGAUUUUCAUUUGAGAGUUCUUAGUGUUCAGACAAAAUUAACUUAACAGGUAAAGCAGUCAGGAUAACACUGGUCUCCUUACACUUGUCAAAGUGCUGAAAAGAUCAGAGUAAAUGGAAGGAGCCGAAGGCCCUUAUUUCCCAAGCGGUGAGAUGGACCUGGCAUGCCAGGUCUUCAUCCUGGUAAGCCAGGAGAUGCUAACGUGGGCAAGUAGGAAUACUAGAACGUGAUUGUUAUGGGUUGUGUGUGCAUGAGCUAUAUUAGCUAUGUUUGCAAAGAGCCAGUUGGACAGUGUUUGACAGAACUAUGACUUGACAUUACCGUCUAUUUUUAGUGAUUUUUCUUGUGUGCGUUUCUAUUAAACAUAGGAGCAACGAAAGCGCUAUGAGUUAGGGGAAUCUCUCUGACUUGGUGGAUGGGAGUUGAUGCUUGUCAAAGCAUUUUUUUUUUCCUCUUGCUGCAUCAAAUUAUACAUAUAAAAAAGUGUGUGGUAAAUCUGAAUCUGAGCCUGGCUCUCCACUUUGUGUUCUCUGAAUCAUGCCUUUCCCCUGUAUCUGUGCCUACACACAUACUGGGGAAAAGAUCUGAAAGGUGAAUCUGUUACGUGAGAACUGAAAGCUAAAGUGCAUAUCUUGGCUGGAGAGCUGGGGUUGGGUUAUCCACAAAAUCUUUUGUUGAUUCUAAAUCUUUACAAUAUUAAACACCCAUGUCUUGCACCGCCUACUCAGCAGAUGUAUUUGUAAUAUGUAAGGCUAGGUAUAUUUUCAAUGAGAAUCAUCAAGUUGGCAUCCCUGUGGGAGUGGAACUGUGUUACCAAGAUUCUUAUUAAAAAUUCAAAUGUCUGA